AUGGCGGAGGCGGAGGAGCUGCAGCAGCAGCCGCAGAGUGCCGGCCGCAGCGACGGCGGGGAGGAGGCCGCGGAGGGCGGAGCAGCGGCAGCGGGGGCCGCGGAGCCGGGUCCGCCUGCGGCCGGAUCCCCGGGCACCGAGGAGCCUGCAGGCGACGCCAAGAAGAAAAUUGACGUGCUGCUGAAGGCCGUGGGCGACACCCCCAUCAUGAAGACCAAGAAGUGGGCGGUGGAGCGGACCCGCACCAUCCAGGGCCUCGUGGACUUUAUCAAGAAGUUCCUCAAGCUGAUGGCCUCCGAGCAGCUGUUCAUAUAUGUAAACCAGUCUUUUGCUCCAUCUCCAGACCAAGAAGUUGGGACCCUCUACGAGUGUUUUGGAAGUGAUGGCAAGUUAGUACUGCAUUACUGCAAAACUCAGGCAUGGGGAUGAACGACAGGCAAUAGAGUUGUUCAGGUGUUCUCUUCAAAAAGGGAAAAAGGGACUAACUGUCUUAAACUCAACCUGUAAACACAUGACAAGAAGGAUUUUUGCAUUUCUGCUUGUGCCUGUAUGAUGCAGGUGAAUAGCAUAAGCGAAGAUCUACUUAGGCUGUCUGAUCACGUGGCUUCUUUCUGGUGUACAUCUGAGGUGCAGAGAAAACACCUGCGGUCUGUACAGUAGAGCCAGCUCUCUUGCUGCUGACUUCUUAAUUGCUGUAUUUGAAGGGAAGCUAUUUCAGCUGUCUGGAGGAUUGACUGGACACCUGUAUGCUGUAUUGAAGAUAAAAGUACCUUUUUUAUUAAAAGUGAUGUGUGUUGUACAUAUAGCCUGGGGUUCAGUUUACUUCUGACAUGUGCAUUUGUUACGUGCAUUCUGAAUAUGCGUUAUCUCAUGUCAUUUCAAGACUGGUUUUUUUUUUUCCUCAUGAUGUGUAGGUAUUGGUAUACAGUCUGACUACUUUACUCUGUACCUUCCUAGUGUUGGUAGUGUCAGCACCUCAUCAUUUACACGGCACAGCAUAAGGAUAGGCCUCAAAAUACGUUCCUCCCGCACUAAUCGCAUAGUGAUUUAUUGAAGUCUGAAUGCUUCAGCAGCUGCCAAGGUAUUUCUUCUGACACUGUUUAAUAACUUGCAUCUUUAGUUAAAUGAUGCAACUAGCUGUUGCAUCUUCAGUUAAGAGACAAAUAGACAUGAGGUGCUAAAAACCUACUCUAUAUAUCCUCAUUUUGUUUGGUGUAAUUCUCGUGUUUCACCAGAUGCAUGGUCCACCAAUGAAAUAGAAUGCACUUUACAUCCUUUUGCUAAGUCAUGACAACGUGGCUUGGUUUGGGGUUUGUUCCAUCAUGGAGAGGUCUUGGUACCUUUACUAGGGUACUGACCUUUGCUUUUAUUUGUUGGAGGGUUUGGGUAUGAAAGGUGGGAGGUUCGUGGGUUUAUUUUAAAUAUCCGUGUUACAGUCUUUAAUGUUUGUUUAAGCUGAACUAAAUUAAAUGUUAGUUUGCUUGCA